AUGAUACCUUUGCCAUUUGUUAGCAGGUUGUCUAUAACAGACUACCUGAUAGUGCUUAUAAUAACAUGUGAGUCCAUUAUCUCAUCAAUAUUCAACUUAAUCCCACAAACAAUCCUUAAUCUCCUCGCUUCUAUUAUCAAUUGUACAAUUACUCUAGAUGAAUCUACCGUGGAAGAAAAACUGAGAUUGGCUCCUACUAUUCAUGAAAUGUGUGCUGUCUUUGAUAUCUCUGUAGAGGACCAUCUCGUUAGAACAGAAGAUAACUAUAUUUUGACUUUGCAUAGAAUCCCUCCUUCAAAAGAUAACAGUAAUGGGAAAGUCGUCUACUUACACCAUGGUCUAUUAAUGUGUAGUGAUGUCUGGUGCUGCCAAAUCGAGAGAAAUAAGAAUUUACCAUUUGUGCUCCAUGAUAUGGGUUAUGACGUCUGGAUGGGUAAUAAUCGUGGUAACAAAUAUUCUACCGCUCAUCUAUACUUUGCCCCAAAAUCUCGUAAAUUCUGGGAUUUCUCUAUUGACGAAUUCGCAUUCUUUGAUAUCCCAAACUCUAUAGAAUUCAUCUUGAAUUUUUCAAAGAUGUCUCAAUUAAUCUGCAUUGGUUUUUCGCAAGGUUCUGCUCAAAUGUUUGCCUCUUUUGCUGUUAACGAAAAAUUGAAUGAAAAAGUGUCACAUUUCAUUGCCAUUUCUCCUGCAAUGACACCAAAGGGUCUACAUAAUAGAAUUGCAGACGCCUUAGCAAAAUCCUCCCCAAGAUUAAUGUAUCUUUUCUUUGGAAGAAACAUUAUCUUUCCAAGUGCCGUCGUAUGGCAAAGAACCGUUCAUCCAAAGUUCUUCAAUUUCUUAAUCGAUAUCAGUAAUAGAAUUCUUUUCAAUUGGAAAUCUUUGAAUAUUACAAGUGAACAGAAAAUGGUUAGUUUUGCUAAAUUGUACUCAACAACAAGUGUUAAAUCUAUAGUUCAUUGGUUCCAAAUCUUGAGAUCGCAGAAAUUCCAAAUGUUCGAAGAAUCUGACGAUAUGUUUAAUUCUAUGAGUAAGCCCUAUCUAAUUGCUACAUUCCCAACAAGAACAAAUAUUACAAUCCCAAUUUUGUUAAUUUACGGUGGUAACGAUUCUCUGGUUGACAUUAAAGUAAUGAAAAAAAACCUGCCUUCAAGAUCUAUAUUUGACAUCAAAGUUGAUGACCAUGAGCAUCUCGAUUUGAUUUGGGGUAAAGACGCUGAUGUUUUUGUUAUCGAUAAAGCUAUAAAAUUCAUCGAAUAUUUCGAUAACGUUGCAUCAGUCAACAGUACGUUGACAUUACUUCCAGAUGUCGAAAAUGGAGAUAUGAUUGCCAACACCCCAACCAAAUUCUCAAGAAGAUCUGUCCCAAAAUUAAGAUCUUCAUCAUUCCUGAGUAAUACGAAUACAAAUAGUCAUACAAGCACUGGCGACUUCAGAUUAAGCCACGAUCAGACAAUAUUGACCAAGCACACAUCAAAUAUGGAAACUACGCCAAUGGCUAACUACAAGCAUAGCAACGAUUAUGAAAACUUUUCAGAUGCAGAAGAAGGAGAUGAUAAUAACGACAUUGACGAAGAGGGCUACAGUAGUGUUACCGACGCAAACAAACUCGAACAAAGAAAGCUACGUAGAUACUUGUCCGGCGAACCUCAAAAGUAA